GUCAGUGGAAGUGCAGAAGCCACUUCUCUCCUCACUCACAUCAUCAGCUUCUCAUCAGCAGGUUCAGUUUUUGUCGGCAGCAGCAGCUCAGACUCAGACUCACAGACGCGUCAGGAUGUUCUACUUCCACUGUCCGCCUCAGCUGGACGGAGAGUGCUGUCGCUCCAACACAUUGAAUUCAAGCGGCUUUGGCAACCACGCCCCAGCUGAUUUUGAUGAUGGAUUUCUACGCAGAAAACAGCGCAGAAACAGAACAACGUUUACUUUGCAACAGUUGGAGGCUUUGGAGGCUGUCUUCGCUCAGACUCACUACCCGGACGUGUUCACGCGAGAGGAACUGGCCAUGAAGAUCAACCUGACCGAGGCCCGCGUGCAGGUUUGGUUUCAGAAUCGCAGAGCAAAGUGGAGGAAGACGGAGCGAGGGAGCUCAGACCCUGAAGGAGGGAAAGAGCAGAUAAGUGAGGGCACUCCACCUUCUCGCAGCAUCAACUCUCAGUCCCCCGUGGACCAAAGUAGAAAACAGAAAGAACCGCUGGACAUGCAGCAGAGUAUCAACAGGACUGUGGGUCCUGGUGGCCCCUUCUUCCCAUCCUGUCUACCAGGGACGCUGCUAAAUUCUGCCACCUACGCCCAGGCCCUGUCACAGGUCGCCACGCUCAAAGGUAACGGCUUGUGCUCCUGCUGCGUUUCUGACCCCAUGGGUUUGUCCUUUCUGCCACCCUACGGUUGUCAGGGCAACCGUACAGCCAGCGUGGCCGCCCUGCGCAUGAAGGCUCGUGAGCACUCAGAAGCCGUGCUGCAGUCUGCCAACCUGCUCGGUGCGGCAAACGGGCCCGGUGCCAGCGUGGGAUUGCUGUCUGGGGUCAGCGUGAGCACAGCCGGGGUGUCGAGGCCCACGGUGGGUCCUUCCAUCGAGGUGCCCGGCGCCGUGGGACGAGGGGUGGACAACUCCAGCCCUGGCCCAGCUACCAAGGGCCCGGUUCUGGGCAGUGGCUCUGACAAACACCUUCAAUGCUCCAAGGAUCCACUGGAGAAAAAGUGAGGCAUUGGACAUGGACAUGGAUACUCUAAAUCUGUGUGACUGUGCCUGUUAUCACUUCUCUCUCUCUGACUGAACUCUGGUCCAAGGAGCAACUAAGCACAAGUACUGAGUGACUCCAGAAAUAGUCGUGGAAAAGACUUUGCUAAUGUUUCAGUGUGUGGAUGCAAAAAAUAAACAUUUAAUUGACGGUGAAUUAUUGCUGUUAGUGAGAAAUAUUUGAAUAUUUGGGGCCUUGUUAGCCCCAUGAAAGCACAAGUUUUGGAUCUAUAUUUGUCGUCAUGCACUCAUGGACUCUAUUUGAUGGACUAACGUAGAUGUGUGCAAAAAACAACAACAACAACAACCUAUUUGAUAAUGUGAAUUCAAAUAAUCCUAAUACAGUUGCUCUUGUUUUCAUUGAGAGGACAGAUGCUUACAAUGUGAAUGUUAAUGCAUGUAAACUGUAAGUGUAAAAACUGUUGGCAGCACAGUGAGGACUUUGCAGGCGUUUGGCAAUAUUAUAAUAUUUCUGCCACUAAGUCAGUAAUAGGCUCAAACAAUCGAAUGUUGAAUUUUUCCUUCUUCUAUUUUUUUGAUUUUAAAGUGAAAGUGCACUUUAAUAUUAAUCAGCCAUUUUCAGUGUAAAUGUGUACAUGUGCCAGAAUACAGUACGUCCGUGUGUGACUCCGCCAAGGCAGGACGAAGCAGGGACAGAGCGGUGGUGUGUCCCCCGUCCACUCUGUUAGCACAUCUGUGGCGCCAGCAGACAGGCAACACACUCGUCCUGUUGUGACAUGUUUUUUAAAACAAUUAAAGAUGUAGCUGCUCAUGUUCCUCUCCUGUUGCCUCUCGCUCCAGCCAUCUGUUCUUAUACAUUAUUUAUCAGUGGGAGAGCAAUUGUGACGCUUAUUAUUUAUUUACUUUUAAGAAUGCUUGCCCCCCCCCCCCCACCCCUCACUUCCUCUCUCUGAGCAGUUUUUAAUAAACCCCAUUAAACAUGAUAUAUGCUAUUUAUUAAUAUUGAAUUUACAUUUAAAAAGAAUAUAAUCUAUCACCACCUCAGGGCUUGAUUCACAGCAGUUCAUCACAGGCAAUACAUUCCCUGAUUCAUUAUUCCUAAAUAUGUGUCCUCACCAGAUUGACCCCUGAAUAAAUGAUCAGCUGAUCACACUGAGAAUACUUGACCACAGAGCACAGAACCAGUAGUUGGGCUGAUUCAAUUUGCGUCCUUGAGGAUUUUCGGGAAAUUACUUUUGAUAGUCAAUAACACAAUUAAGUAAACUACACAAACAUUAUCAUGAAUAAUUGAUAGUAAAUUAUGUAUUACCAUGAAGUACUGGUUCAAUAAUUGAUGAGGCAACACCCUGGUGACACCGAAGAGAGAGAUAAUGUCAGACAUCAUGCCAGGUUGUACACAGAGUGCCGAGCCCUCGUCCUCUUUUUCACAGCGUUUAUGUGAGCAUGUUGUAAAUACUUUACAAAUACUACAAUAAUAUGACACUUUCAGCCUCCUGUGACACGAGCACUUGUCGAGAAUUAUCAUGAUUUUUAUUGUAUUGCAUUGUAUUGUAUUGUGUUGUAAAAAAAAAAAAAAAAUUAACACAACACAAUAAAUGUGGCACCUUUACUUGACUAAAUUAAGUCAAAAUAAAGUUUCAAAAUCUAAA